AUCUCCCAAGUCAUAUUGUUUAUUUACCAAACUGGAUUCCCAUUUGUUCCUUUGAAUGAUGGACUGGGAUAAAUAAUAGCCCUCUCCUCCACUCAAAAGCUGCACUCUCCCCUCAGCUUCCCUAGGGAUCAGAGAGGAACAGAGAGAACACACAGCCCAUAUGACGCGAUGAAGUUCACUACAAUCUUUCUCCUCUUCUCCUUGGUCCUCUGUGUGAAGAGCCAGAAGUGGCUUUUUGAUUCUGCAAGAUUUGUGAAGCAGGCUGGUCAAGGUGCUGGGGACAUGUGGAGAGCCUACAGGGACAUGCGUGAAGCCAAUUAUAAAAAUUCAGACAAAUACUUUCAUGCCCGUGGAAAUUAUGAUGCUGCCCAGAGGGGACCUGGUGGGGCUUGGGCAGCUAAAGUGAUCAGUGAUGGCCGAGAAUUCUUCCAGGGUGGCAGCAGUGGCAGGGGCGUGGAGGAUUCCCGGGCAGACCAAUUUGCAAAUGAAUGGGGCAGGAGUGGCAGAGACCCCAAUUUUUUCAGGCCACCUGGUCUGGACCCCAAAUACUGAGCUGACUUCUUCCCUCCUCUUUUCCCCUCCUCAGCCCCACCCUCUUUGCUGCCUGGAUGGAACACGGGCACUUUCUGUGUGGACUAAUAUGUGUAUUCAAUAAACAUCCAAGUUAAGAACAAA